CGUGUCGGUGCACCUGUGAUCGGCGGCCAGGCGGGGGCGCUGUGUAGCCAAGGCGAGGCCGUGCGCGGAGGAGGUGUGUCCGUCUUCGGCCGCCGUAGGACGUAUCGCAUGGCGCCGCUGAGAAGGACUAUGUACAAGGUGGCGUGGCUGGCAGCCGUGCCUGGAGGGUUGAGCCUGGCAGAGGGGAGGGUGUGUGCCGCCAGCGAGGACAAGCAGGAGUGCGCCCCCCUGAGGACGGAUGAGCUGUCUCUGUACACAACACCACAGCAGAAGUACAAGUUCGUGGAGCCCGAGGUCAGCCAGCUGGAGCAGGGCGUCUCGGUGCUGAGGAGAUCUGCAGAACCGUACACCUCCUGGUGCCAGGGGGUGUGCACAGCAGCGAGACCAAAGAUCGGAAGCUCGGUCCAGCUGGGAAAAGACAGCUACGAGUUCCUGAAAGACCCGCCCCCAGGAUUCUACCCCCGAGCUGGUGUCAUCGGUUUUGCUGGCAUUUUAGGACUCUUCCUAGCGAGAGGUUCCAGGAUCAAGAAGUUGGUGUACCCUACCAGUUUAAUGGUCCUUGGGGCCUCCCUGUACUACCCUCAGCAGGCUGCUACAAUGGCAAAGGUGACGGGUGACGCCCUGUACGACUGGAGCCUGCGGGGCUAUGUGGCCGUGGAGUCUCUCUGGAAAACUGGCAGCCCGGGCAAGCAGCCCAGCGCACAGUCUGAGGGGACCUCGGGGAAGCCUGACGGGAACAGCCAGACAGCGGGGGAGGGGAGGAACUGAUCGCUGCAGGCUCGUUGCCGGCUGACCCGGGGGUUCGGUGCCGGACCAGUGCGGUGGAGCCGGGCUCCCUGAGCCGCCCUGAGACCCGCGGGGCUGCUCCCCUCCUCCCUCUCUCAGGGCGUCUCCCUUGCACCUGCCCUCUCGACACAGCCCGUCUCCAGAGCCCAGGCCGCGCCAUCGCCGAGGCUGACUUCCGGCUGCCCUGGCUUGGCUUGUUCCUUGUAAUUACUGUAUUUAUGUAAAGAAUUAAACAGCUCUCGACCACGA